GAGAGAAUGUAAACAAACUAGCUGAGAAGGAGUGAGAGGAAACUCCUCGCUGUAGUGUUAUUACGAAGAAGUUGCAAGUUUUUCUAAAUUUUAUAAACAAUGUAAUCGAAUUAGGCUGACUUUGUGACACGUUUGUCAUCAAUCCGACAAUCUCCGGGGUCGACGACAGGCUUCAUUUAUGGAUAUCUUGCUAGCUAGCUGCUAGUUAACGUCAGCUAAACGACUAAUCUCGCUGCGCUCACAGUUUAGAGGCUAAUUAGCUACCGAUGCCUCAAGAGGGAGAGCAGUCGCUUCCCCUGGUUCGCUCCCUGAACACCCGAAUACAAAUCAAUGCUGUAUUUUGUAACCGCACUCCCCGUGUGGUAAGACCACUGUGGAUUGAUUACCGCGGGGAACCUCAGCCGUACGAUGACUUACAGCCAGGGACGGGACGGAGAAUGACCACAUUUGUCGGUCACCCGUGGAUGUUUAGAGACGCAGAGACUGAUGAGCCACUAAAGGUGAACUGCAAAGAGCUUUUUCUUCCCAGACCAGCAGAGGGUGGAAAUGCCACAAUGGCCAACAUCACUCUACCAGUUUACAGCCUCAAAGAUCGUGCUCUUCAGGUUAUUCGCCGUCUUGUGCGACCAGAAGACUACAGGAGGUUGGAAAUAGCAUGGUGUCUCCAUGAGGAGCUGGAAGAUCAGCCCAGUGUGCUGAAGGAUCUCAAUCGCAUGAACCAGCGAGUAGAGCAGCAUCUGCUGGAGACGGUCCAAGGCCAGGAGCAAUGAGACAUAAAAACUGGAUGGACAUUGAUCUCUAUGGAACAGCAAAUCUGUAUACACACACUAUCAGAAAGAAAAGACGCAAGAAUGAAUGAAUAACAAGAUAAAAUGUACACUGGUAAUUCUUGGAUGAAUCAGCAGCUGUCACAAAGAAGAAAGAAAAAGAAAAAAACGUAGCUUUUUCCUUUCAGUAAGUGGAGCAUUUAUAUAACAUGAUGACAGCAUGCUUGAUGAAACAGUUUGUCCUCUAAGAUAUUAUCUACAGAUUUCAAUGUCAAUUCCUAAAAUGCCAGAAGAGAAAUGUGGAAAUGUUAGCCUUCAGUGCCUAUCUGAUUGCUACUUUAUAUAGCCAAGUCCUUCCAUACGUUAAAUCCCUUGCACAACGCAGAACUUAGAAGAAUAUUUUUGUCAUGGAAUCAAUGUUAUAUGUGAAUUUCUGUCCUGAAUAUUACAAUGUAUAAAGGAAAUUUAAGUUACACUAGAUAGGAAUUUCAGGGAGAGAUAUGCUGUUAAUAGUCUUAUGGGAGAUGCCUCAUACCACUGAUGCCAUCUUACUGCAACACUCCCUUCCAAGAACAUCCUAAAAACUGGACAAAUUAUGGAGUGAUUAUAGGUUCAUCUUCCAAGUUAACGUAUUCUGGUAAGUGCAAACUUUAUGUUUGAAUAUACCUACAACCAGACCAUAAAUGGGCAGAGCCUCAUCUAAAAUUUUGUUUUGCGGCUAAUUUCCUAGUAGUUAAAUUGUCUUUACGGUUUUUAGGAUGUGUAACACUGUGACUGCAGAGCUUAUGCUUUUGUUUUUACCUACUUUGUAAUUAUCUUCCGCUUUUGUUUCUUCUGCAACUCUGCUUUAAAUUUGUACCUUGCUACUGUAUCUCAAAAACUUUUAUUGUUUAUUUGUGUACAAAAUAAAUGAAAUAUAUAUUUCUUAUUGGUUGAAA